AUGGAGGAUUCGAUUUUCCAGAUGGGAAUGACAUUCACCGGCAAGGAUGUUCACCGCGAGAUUAAGUCUGAACUCUGGGCUCGACAGGGACCUAGCUACCAACCUCGGCCGAUCCUGCUUGAUCUUGAUUUCACUUUCUAUAUGGUGGACACCGAGACAUACGGAAUGUGGAAACUGUCGCAGAAAGCCAAAAAGAGGGUUUGCCUUGCUGACGCCGGCUUCGUGGAUUCAGCAUACCUCUAUGACCCUCCAAGCAAAUCGAAAUACCACAAGCUGUCUUGGCACGACUGGUUCUUCAAGGCCCUGAAGGUGCAACGCUAUCCCUAUCUAGUACUCAGCGACGGUGACCUUUCCGAAGAAUGUAAACUGGUCGCAGGAAGCUUGCCCGGUGACUUUCCAGGAUUCCUGGAAGAGGCCUUCCAGACUAAAGAAUUGAUUUUCAUUCCUUCCUCAACGGGCCAGGGUGCUUGCUGGGCCAAGCCGAACGAAUGCUUACUUGACGGUCUUAUCAACAUGGAAACGAAGCACGCUGUCAUCACGAUAUACAGAGACGUAUUCCCACAAGUGACCUUUGAUUUGAUCAAGAAAUUCUUGACCGACACUCUGUGA